CCAGAGAGAGAGAGAGAGAUGGCGAGCUACCCCUGUGAACCAGAGACCCCUGUUUCGAUCUCAAACCCUAACACUAGCGUCUUCCCGGCGGCGGUGGAGGAGGAGGAGGAGAUCUUGUUUGAGGGGAGGGUGAGGAGGGAGGAGGCGUGGCCGAGGAAGAGCGGUGAGGUGAUGCUGGAGGGAUACGUGGAGGCGGCGGACGGCGGCGGGGAGGAGGGGUACGGAAGGACCAGGAACCUGACGGACGAUGACCUGGAGGACCUCAAGGGGUGCCUCGACUUGGGGUUUGGGUUCAGCUACGAGGAGAUCCCCGAGCUUUGUAACACCCUUCCGGCCCUCGAGCUCUGCUACUCCAUGAGCCACCGGUUCCUCGACGAGCACCUGCAGCAGCAGCAGCACGGAUCGCCGGAUGGAUCCGGGGAUGCCGUGGAGCAGUGCGCCGCGAUGAGCUCGCCUCCCAUCGCCAAUUGGAGAAUCUCCAGCCCUGGUGACCAGCCUGAAGAUGUUAAAGCAAGGCUGAAGUAUUGGGCCCAAACAGUGGCAUGCACUGUUAGAUUAUGCAGCUGACUGAAGUUGCAUACUUGAUUUCAUCUACUAUGAUGGAUUAUCGCUAUCAACUUCCAGGGCUUCCUUUUUGUAGAGUAAAUCCUCUACAUAGGCUUCCCAGCUUGAUGCCAUCAGGAUGCUGCUAUUCUUUCACUAGAGAUGCUUCUGCCAGAAGUGGCACAUUGGAAGAAGAGGAGGAAGAGGAAGAAGAAGUGGAAAUAGAAGGAAGAGAUGGUCUGAGAUUGGAGAUUAAAAUUAUUUCAUGUGUGACCAGCAUUACCUAUCAACGAGCAUGGUUAUAUUGUUUCAUGUACGAUAACUAAAAUGAGUGAAUGUUUUUUCUCCAUUGUAAUGAUAUCCAUAUAUAUUCUUAAAUCUCUUCUCUGCAAAUAUAUUUUUCUUGUAAAAGGAGAAUAAGUAACUCAGCUUACUGGCAGAAUGAAUCCAACAGGCAGUCUGAACUCUCGGCUGUUCCUUUUUUUCC